GGGUUGCAUUGCUUGAUUUCCUGUUGAUGACUACCUGAAGAAUGUCCACAACUUUCAGAACCUCUAUGCAGUCGUCUAGAGUGGUAGUUGCUUCAUUUCACUCCCUGCAUUGAUUGGAGAUCCUCAUAACUCAGUUGGUGUUGCUGUAGAGAGAGCUUAAAACAACGCGUUUACCUAGUUUGGGUGUCACUUGAAUAUCUGCUAAGUGCUGCCGUUAGUGCAGGUUAUUGUGCCAUUCUGUGACUCCAGUUCUUCUUUUUUUCUGAGAUGAGUGUGCCGAAAUAUGUUAAGCGUAAGCUUGACUUGGAUGAUAUCCAGAAGUUUGCUUUGAUGAAGUUCAGAAGAAAUGUCAGCGAUAUUUUGCAACCACACCAUGAUGACCAUUUCCUUUGCAGGUGGCUAAUAGCGCGAUCUUGGAAUUGUGAGAAUGCUGAAAAAAUGCUACGAGAUUCCAUGAAAUGGAGACAAGAAUAUGGGGUGGACACUGAACUCAAAACCUGGGAAGCUCCAGAAGUAAUAAAAAAAUACGAACCGGUUGGUUGCUGUGGAUAUGAUGCAGAUGGAGCACCUGUUAUAAUUGUGCCAUUUGCUGGAUUGGACGUUGUUGGAAUGUUACACUCAGUGCCAAAAGAAGACUUGAUCAAGGCAACCAUUCAGAUAUUAGAGAGAAAUUUGGAUCUUGCAUUUGCUACUGGUUACAACGAACUGAUUGUGAUAUUUGAUAUGGAUAAUUUUAAUCUUAGGCAGUAUUUGUGGAGGCCAGCUGCUGAGGUUGUUAUCACGUUGAUCCAAAUGUAUGAAGCAAACUACCCAGAGAUCCUAAAAGUUUGUUAUAUAAUCAAUGCUCCAAGAGUGUUUGCGGUAGGUUUCAAUAUCGUUAAGAAAUUCAUGGGACCUUGUACAAUCAAUAAAAUAAAAAUUUACAAACAUGAUCCGGCCAAAUGGAAGAAAAUUCUGGUAGAGAAAAUUGGAGCUGACAAUCUCCCGAAAUAUUUCGGUGGAAAUCUGACAGAUCCUGAUGGAAAUCCAAGACUAACUACAAAGAUUGCACAAGGAGGCAAAAUACCAGAAUCAUAUUACAUGAAAAACUUACAAAAAGACGACCCAGAAAACGAAAAGGAAUACACAAUAGUAACUAUCAAGAAGGGGGAUAAGUUAAAGCUGAAAUUUGAGGUUGACGAAGAAGGUUCUUUCCUUAGAUGGGACUUCCGUACAGACAACCACGACAUCCGUUUUGGUGUUAAUUACACCGACAAAGAAGAUAAAGUGACAACGGCAGUGGCCUUGAACAGGGUCUCAGCCCACCAAAUAGAUGAAGCUGGUGUUUUAGCCUGCCAGUCUCCAGCUACUUAUACCGUCAUUUUUGAUAACUCCUACAGCUUACUGAGAAGCAAAAAAUUGUUCUACAAGGUGUAUGUCACUCCACCUAUCAAAGAACUCAGUGUGACACCCACAGAUGGCGACAUAUCACUCUUUAAAGAAGAAGAUAAAAAACCAAGUGAGAAGAUUAUGGAUGCAGAUGCUUUGAAUGAACUGGAGGCAAAAGAAAUGACUAACGGUAUGGAGAAAGCUGUUAUAUCUCCAGUUCAUUAAAAAUCCUAACCUAAUCUUUUAAUUACCAUUAUUGUACAUAUUAGUGUAAGUUUCGGAUAGGGGAUAGAAAUAUAUUUCUUGUCAUCGUAUUGCUCAAAAAAAUGUGAUAUAGGUACAUACUUUUGUUGUCUUUUACUUGUGUUAUAUUAUAAGAACCAUGUAGGGCAUUUGGUAUGAGGAAAUAUUGUUCACUUGCCUGUGGAGUAGCUAUUCACCUACCUAAAAUAUUAUUAUUCCUGAUAAAUUAAAUAAAUAAUUCGAA